AUGGCACCACGCGAGACAGAACACUUCACAGAGGACUAUUUUAUCUACAUCACGGAUAGUUCUUCUGAUGAGUGUGCUCCCGAAGAUGAGGGUAUUUCUUCUGCCUCCUCCGGAUACGAGCCUACGGAUGACGGCAAUAUUCAUGUAAAACCAGCGAAAUUGGAGCUCGAACCUACGAUCGAACCACCUGGCUCGAAUAGAGAUAAAGAAUUCAAGAGCCAGAGCACGGCAGACUCGCCCAAAGUUUACCACCGUACUCCUACAGGCGAUAACGACACAGGUAUCAACCAACCAUCGAGCCGAGCCGUUUCCCUGUCACCUCACUUUGACGCGCAAUUUUUCUUCGACCUCGCCAGUUCCAUCUCUCAGAGUUUUCCUUACCAGCAGUUUGCCGAACAGCAUGGCUGUACCGUUGAUGAUGUUAACGAUGUGUUGGUGGCCAACGUCGUCAUCCCGCUGAUAAGCAUGGCGCCGCAAGAGCAGCCAAAAGCUAUCGGGGCCGGACCAUCGACGACUCCAGCGAUGGGAGAAACAUCAGACCAGAGCUCCUCGAAAAGAGAAGAUGAUGCAAACAACAACAGUGCCAAACCGACCAAGCCGACUGACCUAGAGCAGGAAAUUGAAAGUGGUGAGAAUGUCGAAAACGGCCAGACCCAGGCUGAAAAUCGCACCGACGAUGGUAAAGACAGAAGCACACCUGCGUCUGCCGCUGAAAACUGCGAGAAACCGACUCAGCCCGCUGAACCAGCUACACCAUCGCCGUCCAGACUCCGCAAACGGGCUCACGAAGAGGACGAAGAAUCGACCGAUUGGCCAGAAACCAAUCAGACGAACAGAUUCACAGCCCACUCUGCUCUGCUCGACUCGCCAUCUCCACAGAAAAAGCUCAAAUGCUUUUUCCCUGAACAAUCAGCACCCAAGAUUUCCCUCAAUCGCCCAAAGAAGUGCAUGCCCUCCAAGCCGGUCAUCCUUUCAGACUUGGACCCCUUGCUUAUAUAUGAGUUGACGGGCGAAGCACCUCCGCCAGCAUGCAAGCCGGGACGGCGCCGGGUCUACCGCGAUUUUGCAGGUAGUUAUCAAGAUGUUGUUCCCCAGGAAGGGCCGGCCAUCACUGGGUAUGCUGGUAUUUUCGGAAAGAUGCUCGAGUCGGGGGAGAUCCAGGCUGUGGCGGAGCCCAACCGUAGGAGGAAGUUCAUAUUUACGAAGGACAUGCAGAGCCAGGAGGGCAGGGAUGAGGGAGAAAUGGACUCCAAUGAGAAGGAAAGUUGCCCCCAGGACCUUUUCGAGGGUGAAGAUGAAGAAUCCAGUGUGCCAGAUGAGUUUUGGUAUUAA